AUGUCACUUGAAGUACAUGGUAAUAAGAGUAUGAAUUUGGAUCAGAUACUUCUGACCAAUAUACAAUCCUCACAGUAUUUUAAGAGUUUAUAUAAUUUAAAAACAUAUCAUGAAGUUUUAAGUGAAAUCAAUAAUCACGUUGAAUAUCUUUGUCCAUAUAUACCAAAUACAAAGACGCCAUCCAGUGCAUAUUGUCUACUGUUCAAAUUGUACACUAUGAAGAUGACAGAGAAUCAAAUGAAUGGUAUAGUCACACACGACUCACCCUUUGUAAGAGCUGUUGGAUUUCUCUAUCUCCGUUAUUGCUUUCCACCUGCCAAUCUUUGGUCAUGGUGGGGAGAGGCUCUCGGUGACCAGGAAACUAUUAAAGUUACACCAAGAAGUGAUCCAAUAACUGUCGAAGAACUAUUGAUACAGCUAGUAAGAGAACAAAGAUUUGCAGAUACAAUACUACCUAGAAUACCAGUCAAGGUUAUGAAAGAGCUAGAAGACAAAAUAUCAGAGUACGAAAAGGAAGUGGGUUACACCAUAGGCAAGAAGGACAAUGGAAAGCAAAACAACAACAACAACAACAACUACAGAAACAACAGUGCUGGUGGAAGAGACAAAUUCAGUGAAAAGAGAAACAGCAGAGAUAGAGACAACAGAGAUAGAUACCACAACAAUAAUAAUAGCAAUAGAGAUAGAUAUGAUGAUAGAGACAACAGAGAUAGAAAUAGAAACAACAGAUACGAUGAUAGGGACAGAUAUGACGAUAGAGACAGAGAUAGAAACUAUCGUGAUAGAUAUGACGACAGAGAUAGAGAUAGAGACAGAUAUGAUGACAGAGAUAGAAACAGAGGUAGUAGUGGUUCUUACAAAAGAAGUAGAAGCAGAAGCAGAAGUAACAGUCGUGACAGAUACAAUAACAGAGACAGCAGAGACAAUAGAUAUGAUGAGAGAGAUAGAAAAAGAAAUAGAUCAAGUCGUAGCAGAAGUAGAAGUAGAAGUAGGGAUAAUGAAAGAAAUGAUAAUCAACAACAACAACAACAACAAUCGUCAUCAACUACAACUACUACCAACAACAAUAACAAUAGCAAUAACAAUCAACAAGAAUCAGAACAACUUAAGAAACUACGUGAGCUAUACGGUGCCACCUCUAACCAAGUAUCUUUAGAUAAUUAA